CUUACAUUAGGCUAAUUUCAUCGUGCGCAUUUCAUAUUGUUUUAUAUGUAUGUACGUAUGUAUGUAAUAUUAGCAUUUUGAAGAGGACUUGAGAUUUGUAUAAUUUUUUUUUUUUUUUUGUUUUAUUUUUGAUUUCUUUUCUCCAUUUCAGUACGGCUAUAGCAUGAGCAGCGAAGAGUGGAUCGAAACCACUACUGGUAAUCGAAUCUCGAAACUAGCUCAAAUAUACGGGUCAAAUAGUAUUUCUAUCAAUGAUCAUUCAACGGUAAAUAGUUAUGUUUUACUCCAAGGAGACGUUCCUUUGCUUCAGCAAGACGAAUCACAAACUCAUACUAUCAAGUUGGGGAAAUAUACUUACAUUGGGUCGAAUUGUCAGGUUAUACCACCAGUAUUGAAAAAGACCCAUCACGGGCCAAUUCGUAUUGGCUCUUUCACGAUAAUUGGCGCCGACUCAAUCAUCAAGUCGGCUUCAAUUGGUAAUCGAGUUUUGAUUGAGCCAAAUUGUACUUUAUUAGACUUGUCAAUCAUUUAUGAUUGUUGUUUGAUUAGAAAAGGUACUAUUAUACCUUCGAAAAUGAUCAUACCUCCUUUCAGUGAAGUGAAGGGAGUGCCAGGGGUGGAUUUUGAAAUUAAAGAACUAAACUCUUCCUAUAAGAAAAUUAUCGAAUUAGAAGCGAAAAACUUACACUAUUUAGGUUAAUACAAAAGCUGGUCUUUACAUAUUUAUAUUACA